UCCUUAAAAAAAAAUAAAAAUAAAAAUAAAUAAAAGAUUUGAUCUUUACAUUAGUUGUCUGUGCCAAAGAUGUCUGCAUCGAUGUGCACCGAUAAAGAACUAAUUCCCCAAUUCAAUUCUUUCCAAGGGGUCUAAAAAAAAAAUAAAAAAAUUAAACAGGAGAGGUACCUGAAGAAAUUGAAAGAGGAAAUGGAGAAGAAAGGGAAUAUUCUGAUGCAAAAAUACGAGAUCGGAAAACUUCUCGGACAAGGCACGUUCGCCAAGGUCUACCAUGCAAGAAACCUCAAAACGGGGCAGAACGUGGCCAUCAAGAUCAUCGACAAGGAGAAGAUCGUGCGCGUCGGAUUAAUCGACCAAACGAAACGCGAGAUCGCUGUAAUGAGGCUGGUCAACCACCCGAAUGUGGUCCAUCUCUACGAGGUCAUGGCCAGCAAAUCCAAGAUCUACUUCGCCAUGGAGUACGUUCGGGGCGGCGAGCUCUUCAACAAGGUGGCUAAAGGGCGGCUCAAGGAGGAUGCCGCCCGGAAGUACUUCCAGCAGCUCAUUGCCGCCGUCGAUUUCUGCCACUCCCGUGGAGUCUACCACCGCGACCUCAAGCCGGAGAAUCUCCUCCUCGACGAAUAUGGCAAUCUAAAAGUCUCUGAUUUUGGGCUUAGUGCCCUCUUAGAUUCGAAGGGUAAAGACGGUCUUUUGCACACCACGUGCGGGACACCCGCCUAUGUGGCGCCGGAGGUUAUAAACAAACGUGGCUACGAAGGAGAAAAGGCAGAUAUUUGGUCGUGCGGGGUUAUCUUAUUCGUGCUUUUAGCGGGUUAUCUUCCUUUUCAAGAUUCGAAUCUCAUGGAACUGUAUCGGAAAAUUAGCAGAGGAGAAUUCAGAUGCCCGCAGUGGUUCCCACCUGAAGUCAAGAAGCUUCUAUCGAGAAUUCUUGAUCCGAACCCGUCUGCGAGAAUAUCCGUUUCGAGGAUCAUGGAGAAUUCGUGGUUCAGAAAAGGGUUCAAGCGGGUCGACCCAGAUCCGGAUCUUGAUACGGGCGGGGCGAUGGAGGAUGAUUCGCCCCGGAGCAUUUUCGAGAUAGUGGACUCCGAUUCGGAGCCUUGUUCGAGGAAGAAAGAGGAUGUCUCGCCCAAACCCCACUACAUGAACGCUUUCGAUAUCAUAUCGCUUUCCCAAGGUUUCGACCUUUCCGGAUUGUUCGAGAAGGACCUGAGCAAUUCGCGGGCCCACGCCUGGUUCACCACCCAAGUGCCGCCGGAUGUGGUGGUUUCGAGGCUGGAGGAGCUGGCGGACACGGAGAGCUUCAAAAUCAAGAUGAAGGAUGGGGUGGUGAAGAUGCAAGGCAGCAGAGGUGGUAGGAAAGGACAGCUGGCGAUCGAUGCGGAGAUUUUCGAGGUUACGCCUUCGUUUCAUAUGGUGGAGGUGAAGAAAACUGCGGGCGAUACAUUGGAGUACGUGAAGUUUUGCGAUCAAGAAUUGAAGCCUUCGCUCAAGGAUAUAGUGUGGAGUUGGCAAAGUUACGAGGACGAGUUGCAGCAGAAGCAGCCCCUGCAAGAAGAAGGAGUCGAUUAGUUUUUUAGAGCUAAUUGUGCUGCAGAAAGCAGGAGGAGGUGGUUUUCGAUUUCCCCGAGUGCUAAUAAUAAGUCUUUCAGACCUAAAUGCGUUACGAAUUUUCGUUUUGCAUUUCCUCUGUUACUGUUCGAUUCUCCUGAAUCUAAUAUUAUUAGAUUGAAUGGUGGGGUUUUGCAUUAUAUGUUUAAAAUUAAGAAAGCAACAGAAAGGUGACUAGUUAAAUGCACUGUCCUGAAUUCACAUGCUUAUGUCCUGAAUAUUAAAUGUAAGAAAAAUGAAACGAUACCAUAAGAUCCUGAGGACCACCUGAGGAAGCAAUUUCUGACAUGAAUUAUUGAUACGGAGUAGGUAAUUAUAUUCAUAUCGAUUAUGUAUACACGUAUAUAUGAGGAAUAUAUCAUAUCGACCUGUAUAUGGAAAAUAAACUCCCCUAAUAUAAUAAUUCGAAGAAAUUUUGUCUAUCUUGCUUGUCCUAUUUCUGUUGUAGUGUAGUUAAAUCGUAUUGCUGUUCCACUUGUCGUAAUUGAUUAAUUCGAUAAACCAAGGAAUCAAUAACGAGCAACUACAACCAUAGUUACAGCCUGUAGCUUCCAUUGCACAACUUUUAAAUCAGGUUAAGAUUAUUUCCAAUUUGAUCACCACGUGAAUACGUGUUUAUCGAGAAAACCCAAACAUAUUGUAAUAAAUCUAAGUGGAAGAGAUCCAGAAUUACAGAAUCUUCCGACGACUUAUUUCCAUACUAAAGUUGUUAUGCACUGUGUCAUAAAGAAACAUAGAGACGAAUAGGUAAGGAACUCGACGACAUUCGUUAAUGUGAAGGCGGCAAAUUUAUCUAUUUUAUUUACCACUGAAAAAUCAAAUGUACACAACUCAUCAACAAGCCAAACAAUAUCACUGUGCAUUUAUUCCCUAACACGAUAUAACAGAAUCGAC